UGACGUAACAUUGACACUUAUAAACUUACAACUACGAUGUCACAUCGGAUAUAACCGAAAAUAUUUUUAUAAGAACACGUUAAAGUUCUACUUUUAAGGAAUUAGUUUCAAAAUAUCAAAAUACCCUCAAUAUGUUCUGCGAAGACGUUUGCCUCGGGUCCACGAAUGGUUUAGAAAAACUGAGGGUUCUAAGCGAUACGCUCAAUGCUAAGGCAGUGGACAAAGUCAAUGGGAGCCAAGAGUUGGUUAUGCUUACUGAUUUCGCCCGGGAAUCUAACGAGUAUCAGUUCCAAAAAAUUAUGCAGGAUAGAAUAUCAGAUGUAGCAUCCUGGCAUUGGGUGCUAGAAGACCUAUCGAAACGUCUGGAUGAAUCGAUUAAUGCAUUGAAAUACGAACAUAAUGCUCUGAGGGUAGUCGUGAAAAGAGUGCAGGAGGAAAUGGACUGCCACUCCAGAGAAGGCUCUCGACCGGGAGCGUUAUGUCCUUUGACUGAUGUGGUUGAAGAAGCAGUUAUAGAGGAAUUUAAGUUUCUCCGUGACCAGAAAAAGAAUUUCGAGAAUCUUAUCGAUGAACUGGAUAAGCAAACAGCGAUGCUUGACAAGACGAAAAAGAAAAUAGAAAACGAUAUUUUGAACAAGCAACAGGCUUUGUCCGUAGAGGAGAUGUGUGCGACCAAAGAUUACACGGAUGCUAUAGUUGGGGAGUGGAAGAGGAGGAAAAAAGGUUCUCCUGUGGCGCGUUGGUCCAAACGAUGUGCAGCGCUGAAAAGAUCUGGUCUGAAAGCCCUUUAUAAUGCAAUCAUAACUCGACAACAGGUUCGCGGUGCCAGAAAGCGCUUGUCGAUUGCUGCUCAAGCGUACGCGGCAAAAGUCGAUGCUGUGUUGAGAAGACGACUUCAUACUAAUAAAUUGAAACUUCAAGACCUUAACUGGCAAAGAGAAGAGGCCGUACGAGACUACAAUUCAUUGCAAGAGGAGUUGUCGGUAGCUGAGAAGACAGUUGUAGAGACUAUGGACCAAGAACGGGUAGUGGCUGCCAGGCUAGCCGAUCGUACCCAAAGGCCAGAUAGAGAAUUGACGAAAGACGACGUGAACAGGAAACUAAGGGAAGAACAAAACCAACUACGAAAAUUUUCUAUGGAGCUGCGGAACAAUAUAGAAGAAAUUACCACUUUACAGAAACAUAUAAACGCAGCGAUAGGGCGUAUAGACUGUUUCGCCGAAGACCUAAUACAAGUGAUAGGUUUAGACGAAGAAAGGCUUCGUUGUAGACUCGGGGAGACGAGUCACAGUGGCAAUUCAACAGCCCAUAACACCAGUUCUACAACGCCUUCUAGAACUCAUUCAACCCCUUCUAGACAGCUCACGGUAAUCCAAGAAGAAAAUGAAGAUGAUGAUGACGAUUAUCCAUUCGAUUUUUAAAAUGAUUGUUUUUGAAAUAGAUUAUUUGAAUUGAUUUUUUCGACAGAUAAUUAAAUAAUUUUAUACCUGUAAUGUAAUUUGUCGAAAAAUAUUUUGGGAUUAUUUGAUAGAUACCUGCAAAAUCUCAUGAUUCUAGGUCAAGGGGAAGUACCCUAUAGGUUUUCUUGAUAG